UUGGCAACUGUUAGCAACGCAUUGAUGUUGGUUACGCGAUGUGAACGCGACGCGUUGAGUGAGAAGUGUGCACAUAGUAUAUGCUAAAAAAAUUCAAUUUACCGUUAUCAGCUUUGAUAAUGUGAUAAGAUGAAGCUUUAUAAGGCACAUAACAAUUCCGCUACCAGAUAUAUUUUUGAAAGAUUCUAUCAUAGCGUCACUGAAAUGUGACGGUUCUCUCAUAAAAUUUGUUAUGACAAUGAUAAUAAAGAUAGAACUUUAUUAUCUUUAUAUUUAAGGAAGCAACAAGAAAUAACACUUUUUAUGCAGUAUUGCAAAUUAUACUGAACAUUUCAACAUUUUGAUGACCAAGGCUAUACACAGUACAUUUAUAUGAUAUGCUUCAAGUUGGAACCAACAUAUGCGUCAAUUCUAAUUACUUAUUCAAGAAGCUUUGUACUUUCAAUGGCAAACUAGCAUAUAGAGUAUUUGCAGAUAUUUAAAUAAUAUAGUCCACCAGUAAAUUCUUAUAAAGAUUUUCUACUAAAUUAUAAUAAAAAUGGCUAGUGGAUGGAAAGUUUUUGGCUUGUUACUAUAUAAGGACCUGAUAGUACGUAAAAGACAUUGGCGGAUGACACUAUUAUUGCAAACUUUAAUACCCAUUGGAUUAUUUGCAUUAUUGCAAGCAGUAAGAGAUUAUAGUGUUCAGCCUCCAGCCGUAGUAAAUGAAAGCACUUAUUAUCCUAUAUAUACGCAAGAUGAACUAAUGUGGAAACUUGAUAAUGGUUUAGUCAAGAUAUAUUAUUUGCCAAAAAAUACAUAUACAGAGAAGAUCAUGGAUUCUGCUAGAAAAUGUCUUACACUCUUAGCUGAUAAUGUGAUAGGCUUUGCUAACGAGACUGAAAUGGUAAACACUUAUACUCUUGCUCAAGCGAAAGAUCCAAUAAUUUCUGUAGUAGCAGUUGUUUUUGAACAAUACAACAAACCUACCAUAAAGUAUAAAAUUAGACAUUCUUGGAAGAUUCCAUAUGCUUUGUAUCAAAAUAUAUUACAUGGUGAACAUAUAUCUUCAUCACCUACAAUAUAUUUUGAUAUGAUACCAUUUGCGCAAGUUCAGAUUUGCGUAGAUGGAGCACUCAUAAACCAAACAGUUCCAGGUUCUAUGUCAAAUAUAAAGAUGUCACUACAAAGAAUGCCUUACCCACCAUAUGUCAAAAUAGAUGAUCUUGAUAUAGCAUUACGUGAAGCAAUUAGUUUAUUUGCAGUUAUAAUCUUUGUAAUUCCACUUUGCGUAGAAGUUAGCUAUGCAUCAAAAGAGAAGUUUAUUGGUGUAAACGUUUUAAUGGCAAUGAAUGGAGUCAAAUCAGCCUAUAAUUUAUUUAGCUGGUUAAUUACAGGAAUAGUAUUCAGCAAUUUUUAUAUAUUACCGAUACUUAUAUUAUUUAAGCACACUUUUUCUAGCAAUGUUGAAGCUUAUUUGGAAUAUGGAAAUGGGUUUAUAUUUUGGUUCUUAUUUAGUACAUAUGUCGCUCAUCUUAUAACAUUUGGCAUGCAUAUUGCAGCAUAUUUUUCAAAACCACGUCUUGUGAUAACUAUCAUAGUUAUUGUUUAUAUGGCGGCAUUUUCACUUCACCAAAACAUGGCAAGAGAAGAAGUUUUUAGCAUUAUACCAUAUUUUGGUAUUAUAUUUCCUAAUAUUAUGCUAUUUAGAUUUUUUGAGGAAACAAAUGCGCAUGAAACCAAAUUACUUGGUAUUCAAUGGAGUAAUUUUUUUGUUCCUGGGAAAGUAGAAUAUGGUAUUGUAGGAAGUCCAGGUUUUAUAUUUCUCUUUUCAAUCUUGGGUGCUGUGAUACAUUUUACACUUGCAGUAUAUAUAAAUGCUAUACUUCCUGGCAAAUAUGGAGUCCGGAAAACUCCAUUAUAUUUUUUGAAGUGUGUCAAAAAGAACAAGAUAGCUCUUGAUGAAGAAGCUGGUGAAUUUGAUUAUGAUAAGGUUAAUGAAGAUUUUGAGCCAGUGUUAGGUGGUGUGUUAACGCCCGGAAUACAAAUACGUAAUCUUAAGAAGUCUUAUACAAUGAGCUAUUUACGAAAAUCCAAAGUCCAUGCAUUAAAAGGAGUAUCUGUAGAUUUUUACAAAGGACAAAUUACUGCUCUGCUUGGACAUAAUGGAGCAGGAAAAACUACGCUUAUGUCUAUAUUAACAGGUGUGACAAGCGAAACAGAAGGGAAAGUAUUUAUAAACGGCAAAAAUAUAAGAAAAUAUUUAAGCAGUAUUAGAAAUGAUUUGGGUUUAUGUCCCCAAGAAAAUAUGGUUUUCCCAGAUUUGACUGUAUUUGAACAAAUAGAAUUCUUCGGUUUGUUGAAAGCUAAAAAUAAAACCAGAAGCGAAGUUCAAAGAGAUGUUCACGUUUUGCUUUCUAAGUUAAAGCUUUCUGAAAAGAAGAAUUUUCUUCCUAGCAAACUUUCUGGUGGUCAACAAAGAAGGCUGUGUCUUGGAAUGGCACUUAUUGGCGAUGCUAGCAUUAUAAUUUUGGAUGAACCAACAUCAGGAAUGGAUCCUGAAACCAGAAGAGAUACUUGGGAUAUUAUAUUAAAACUUAGAGGAGAGAAAACAAUAUUGAUUAGUACGCAUAAUAUGGAAGAGGCUGAUAUACUUGGUGAUAGAAUUGCUAUACUGCAUACAGGUCGUCUUAGAAGUUAUGGCACUCCAAUGUUUUUGAAGAAACAAUAUGGUCAUGGACAUAUUGAAGUUACAUUAUCAACAAAAUCUUGGUGUUCUCCUGAAAAAAUCAUAAGCAAAUUUGAUUCAAGAACGCAACAGCUUAGUGUUGAUAGCGAAAAGAUUGUUUUAAAUGUACCAUUUACCGAUUCUCUACCACAAUCAUUGGACAAAGUAGAGAAUGAAAAGAAAAAAUUAGGAGUUACUGGGAUAAGUGUGUCAUUGAUUACUUUAGAACAAGUAUUUUUAAAAAUUAUAAAGAAAGAAGAUAACGGAAAACAUCUUAACGAAUUAUUUACAGCACCAUUACCGAAAAUUACAGGCCAUGAACUAUAUAUGCAAUCAAUAUUAGCAUUAUUUUGCAAGAAAUUCACAUAUACCAGAAAAAAUCUGACUAACUUAUUGAUGAUACUAUUUCUUCCUAUCUUGUCAGUAGUUUUAAUGGCAUUAAGUUAUAAUGUACCAAGUGACUCUACAGAUAUUGUUCCAUUAAAUCUUGGUAUGUAUAGAUAUCCUAAAGCUUUAUAUUCAUCAGAUGACGAUCAGCUUGGCCAAAAAUACAAAGAUGUUGUCCAAUAUUACGGCGAAGUGGAACAAGUAACUCCACAUAUGAGUGUUACAAGUGCUCUUCUAAAUUCUUCUUUGGAGGAUAUUGUAAAAUAUCGGAACAAUCUUAUUGUAUCCGCCGAAUUUAAUACCACUGAAAACAAUACGAUAUUAGCUAAUGGUUUUUUCUCUAGUUUAGCGCUUCACAGUGUGCCAUUGACAGUAAAUCUUUUGAGCAAUUCAUUUAUUAAAGCUUUUGCUGGCAAUGAACAUUCAAUUGUUGUAUCUAGACAACAAUUACCAAAUACGUUAUUUUCAACUAGAAUGGAAUCACCGGAUGCGGAAUCAAUUUCGCGUGUCAUGAUAUUUUGUUCAUUUUUCUUCCCCACUAUAGCACUUUUUGUAAUACAUCCUUUACAAGAAACAAUGACAAAAGUCAAACAACUUCAACGUAUGACUGGUGUUACAUCAUUAUCAUACUGGAGUACAAUGUUUGCUUUUGAUCUUCUGAUAUUUACAGUAUGCGUAUUGCUAGUUACUUUAGCACUUUACAUCAUGGAUGUUAUUCUUGAUAUUCGUCUAUAUUAUAGAGUAGAAAUAUUAUGUAUGAUAUUGAUGUUACAAUUAUUUGGUAUCAACGUUUUACUUAUUGUAUAUCUAUUUAGUUUUAUGAAUAAAUCAAGAAAUACUAUAACAACAAUUUUGGGUAUUGCACCACUUGGUCUUGUUGUAAUACAGUAUCUUGUACAUGAAGUAAUACACAAUUUUGACUGGCUCAAUCCGCUACAUAUUCUGCAGAAGAGACUUUUCCGCCUAAUUCCUUAUGUAAGUUUGUUUCAUGGUCAAUUCUCUUUCUUCAAAAUAGCAGUACAAAAUGCAAGAUGUCGUCGUCUACCAAAUAAACUUCAAGAAGUAGUUUGUUUUGCAAAGAUCAAAGAUCCAUGUUGUGAUAUGGAAUGUAUAGACGGAGAUUGCAAAAACCCAUUGCCUUACUUUAAUGACUUUACAGAAGAUAUGAAUUUCGAAGAAAGUAUAGUAUAUCUUGCUGUAACACCAAUUUUGUAUUUUGGUUUAUUGAUUAUGUUAGAAGAAAAGAUCUUUCCGAAAUUAUUUGGAAAGAUAGUUGGUUCAAAAUUAAGGAAAGAACAAGAUAUAAUGGAUGAUCAAGUGAAGAAAGAAAAACUUGCAGUAGCAUUAGAAAUUAAUAAAAUUAAUAGUCAGAAUGUAAAUUCUGCAAAAGAAAUAUUGAAAAUAGAUGCUAUUAAUGCAGACACUACUAAUUCUGAACUAUUACAAAGUCCGAUAAGCGAGAAUAAUAGUCUCUUUCUGGUAUAUGAAUUAAGUAAAUAUUAUGGGAAACUGAUGGCCGUGAAAGAAAUCAGUUUUCGAGUGAAACCACGGGAAUGUUUUGGAUUACUUGGCGUAAAUGGUGCUGGAAAGAGUACAACUUUUAGAAUGCUAACUGGAGAAGAAAUGUCUAAUAGUGGCAUAAUGUACUUAAAGCAAGCAGAAAUUCAUUCAGAUAGGACAAAUUAUCUUUCUGAGAUGGGAUAUUGUCCACAAACUGAUGCUUUGAUACCAUCCUUAAACACUUUUGACCAUUUACGAUUGUUUGCCCGUCUUCGCGGCAUACCAAAAUCCAAUGUGGAAUUGGAAGUUAAUAAAUGGAUUAAUAGAUUGAAUUUAACUGCUUGUAUGAAACAGCCAAGCAGUACUUAUAGUGGUGGUAAUAAAAGACGUUUAAAUAUUGCGAUGGCUCUUAUCGGUAAUCCUACUCUUGUGCUCUUGGAUGAACCUACAACUGGUGUCGAUCCUGCAGCUAGAAGAUCGCUUUGGAAUACUCUGCAGUCCUGUCAAGCAGGAGGGCAAGCUAUUAUACUCACGUCUCACAGCAUGGAAGAGUGUGAGGCUCUUUGUAAUAGACUAGUCAUUAUGGUCAAGGGUGAAUUAGUCUGUAUUGGUGCAAGUCAAGAAUUGAAGCAACGAUUUGGAGCAGGUUAUGAUAUUCAUGUAAAAUUAAAUCCAAGUCGAAAAGAUGAGGAUGUUAAUACUAUUAAGAAUAUUAUUCAAUCUACUCUAACAUGCGACAUCAGAGAUGAAAACUUGGGUUUUCUUGCCUAUCAUGUAACUGAUUCUAAUACAACAUGGGAAAAAAUGUAUGAUACAAUGAAGAAUCUGAAACAAAGAUAUAACUGCAUUGAAGAUUAUGCCGUUUUGUCUGCAACUCUAGAACAACUCUUUAUUCAAUUUGCAAGAGGAGCUGAAAUGGUUGAGUCUGAUGUAUCUCCAACUAUUACUAGUCAUCAAGAAAUAGUAUAAAUUAAAUGCGUCUUAUUGGAUGCAAAAAUAUAUUUAAAUAUU